AUGGAGUUUGAAGUCUGCAACGGCUUCACCAACCAGCGCAUUGCUCUGCUGACAGACUUUCUCCUGAAUGGAAUACAGCCAGAUGGCAUCGAGAUGGUUACGGCCAACCAAGCUGACACCGUGCCAUUUGGGUCGUGGUUUGAUGAGCGGGAGUUUGCAGCAGCGGUUGCUCCCCAUGGGGUCAAGGUCGUGGCGGGGAAAGCGCCUGGUGCCAUACGCAUUCCGAUCAAGGCAUACGAUAGCCAGUCACGACCCACCGCUCUUGUGACCUACCUGCGCAAGCAGCGCUCACACCAGCACAUCAAGAUUGCGUGCCCAGCAUUCCGGUUACCGGCAGCUCUGAUGAAGCAGCAUCAAGAGCUCCUGCAGGCGGCAGCAGAGGGCCUGCUCCCAUCAGAGCGCUUCCGCUCUUUGAUUGCGGCCAGGCGGCAGCAAAUCGAGUCCAAAUCAGGAGCAGCGGUGUACAACUUGAUCCACCUCCGAGUUGAGAAAGAUUGGUUUGCGCUUUGCAAGUGGUGGCAGAAGCCGGAAGUGGGGCGGGACAACUGCAUGAAUAACACCGACACUGUUGGCAAGCAGCUGCAGCUGCACGGCUUCCAGACACAGGUCCCUGUAGUCGUGGUUACCUCCUUCCCUGAUGCUGUGCCUGAAGCGCUUGAGACCGCUUUGGAGUCCAUCAAGUCUAGCAAGUACAGUGUGGUGCUGGGCAAUGAGCUUGUGAAUCUCGGCGAGGAGCUGACGAGAGAAGAAAGCGCGCUGGUGGAUUACUACCUCGGGCUGGAGGCUGAGAAGUUCACCGGCAACUCGGUGUCCACCUUCACAGCCUUCAUCAUCUUGGAACGCCAGUGGCUGGGCAGGUAUUCUACGCAUUACAACGGCGGUGCCAUUCCUUUGAGCCUGUUCUUUCCAUUUUUUGACAAACUCUGA